AUGGCGGGCAGCCCGGGCAGCGGGGCCUCCUUGGAGGGAAUAUCCCUGGGCUCCUCUGAGGAAGCGGAACUCCAGAGGGAAGCCAUGCAGCAAGUCCUGGACAACCUGGGAUCCCUUCCCAAUGCCACAGGUGCUGCGGAGCUGGACCUGAUCUUUCUUCGAGGCAUUAUGGAAAGUCCCAUAGUAAGAUCUCUGGCCAAGGCUCAUGAACGGCUGGAGGAGACCAAGCUGGAGGCGGUGCGUGACAACAACCUGGAGCUGGUGCAGGAGAUUCUGCGAGACCUGGCGCAGCUGGCCGAGCAGAGCAGCACUGCUGCCGAGCUGGCCUGCAUCCUCCAGGAGCCCCACUUCCAGUCCCUCCUGGAGACGCAUGAUUCUGUGGCCUCAAAGACCUAUGAGACACCGCCCCCCAGCCCUGGCCUGGACCCCACGUUCAGCAACCAGCCUGUGCCCCCUGAUGCUGUUCGCAUGGUGGGCAUCCGCAAGACAGCUGGAGAGCAUCUGGGUGUGACAUUCCGUGUGGAGGGAGGAGAGCUGGUGAUUGCGCGCAUCCUACAUGGGGGCAUGGUGGCCCAGCAAGGCCUGUUGCACGUGGGUGACAUCAUCAAGGAGGUGAACGGACAGCCGGUGGGCAGCGACCCCCGCGCGCUGCAGGAGCUCCUGCGCAGCACCAGUGGCAGCGUCAUCCUCAAGGUCCUGCCCAGCUACCAGGAGCCCCAUUUGCCCCGCCAGGUAUUUGUGAAAUGCCACUUUGACUAUGAUCCGGCCAGAGACAGCCUCAUCCCCUGCAAGGAGGCAGGCCUGUGCUUCAGCGCUGGAGACCUACUCCAGAUCGUCAACCAGGAUGAUGCCAACUGGUGGCAGGCAUGCCAUGUUGAGGGAGGAAGUGCUGGGCUCAUCCCCAGCCAGCUGCUGGAGGAGAAGCGAAAAGCCUUUGUCAAGCGGGACCUGGAGCUGACACCGACCUCAGGGACCCUAUGUGGCAGCCUUUCAGGAAAGAAGAAGAAGCGCAUGAUGUAUCUGACCACCAAGAAUGCAGAGUUUGAUCGCCAUGAGCUGCUCAUUUACGAGGAGGUAGCCCGCAUGCCCCCGUUCCGCCGGAAAACCCUGGUGCUGAUCGGGGCCCAGGGUGUGGGCCGGCGCAGCCUGAAGAACAAGCUCAUCAUGUGGGAUCCAGACCGCUACGGCACCACUGUGCCCUACACUUCCCGGCGGCCCAAGGACUCGGAGCGGGAAGGCCAGGGUUAUAGCUUUGUGUCCCGUGCCGAGAUGGAGGCUGACAUUCGUGCGGGUCGGUACCUGGAGCAUGGCGAGUAUGAGGGCAACCUGUAUGGCACCCGUAUCGACUCCAUCCGGGGCGUGGUUGCAGCUGGCAAGGUGUGCGUGCUGGAUGUCAACCCCCAGGCAGUGAAGGUGCUGAGAACAGCGGAGUUUGUCCCUUACGUGGUGUUCAUCGAGGCCCCCGACUUUGAGACCCUGCGGGCCAUGAACCGGGCUGCGCUGGAGAGUGGGGUGUCUACCAAGCAGCUCACGGAGGCGGACCUGAGGCGGACAGUGGAGGAGAGCAGCCGUAUUCAGAGGGGCUACGGGCACUACUUUGACCUCUGCCUGGUCAACAGCAACCUGGAGAGGACCUUCCGUGAGCUCCAGGCAGCCAUGGAGAAGCUGCGCACGGAGCCCCAGUGGGUGCCCGUCAGCUGGGUGUACUGAGCCCUGCUCACCUGACCUCACCUCUCUGGGUUGUGACCCAGAACCCUGAGUCCGCCCCCUUCCCCAACCCUGGCCACCAGCCACCAUCCUUAGCCCCAUCCCCGGGUCUCCCUAAGGCUGGCUUCAGUGUAGAUGUGUGCACUGCCAGGGGGUGAAUGUUCAUGGGGUACCUCUGUGCCCAGGUGCUGCCCACUCCCUAUACCCAGUGGCCACCAGAUGUCCCUCUCAGGGUGUCAGAGUCACCUUGAUAAUGCUCAGUCCAGAGGAGAGAAGAGCUGUUGGACUGUGUGGUCAGUGGAUCUGCUGCCCCCUGGUGGCUGCCCCUCUUCAAUGGCCUUUUCUCCUCUGGACUGGCCAUGCCCACCCCAUUCUUGGGCCUCCCCAUCUUUUACCCUGCAUCCUAGGAGCUGGCCUGGGGCUGUUUCCAUGUGGCCAAGGGUGUGCAUGGCCCACUGGCAGCCAGGCAGGCCCGGAUAGUGGUGCCACCCUGAAGCCACCCUGAAACCCGGAGGAGCCAAACGUGAGCCAGCUGCCCUGGCUGCUGCGGCACCACUCUUGGCUCCCUCAGAAGCGGGCAGAGGUCCCAGGGGUGGACACUGCUUUGUUCCUCCCUCGUCCACAGCUUUUCACUGCCGAAGUCUCUCUACAGACUCUGUCAGCUUUGCCCCUGCAGGGCAAGGCUGGUAGGGGCCAGCAGGCUCAGACCAGGUAGGGGUGGGUUGGAGGGCUGAGAUGAGGAGUCUGCUGCUGACAGAAGAGCUCAAGCUCUCUAUGGCCCAUGGUAGGGACACAUCUGGGCCCCCUGCCCAUGACCGUUGUCCUUUAGGUCGUCUCUCUGGCCAGGUCCAGGUGCCCUGCUUGCAUCAGGCACAUCAAGGCUGCCUUGGCCCCCCAACCCUGCGGGGCUGAGGCAUGGUGCAGAGGGACCUUGUGAGCUCUGGGUCCUGGAGCAUAGGCUUGGAGAAGGUUUGUACGUUAGCAGGCUCCUCGCUGAACAGCCCCAGGGGGCACCGUUCACACUGUAGUCUGCACAGUCUGUGGCUCGGCACUCUGUAGCCCCUUGAUUUGUGUUUCUGGCACUGAUGUGUGUGCGUCAGGCCUGACUUUGGGGAAGGGAAGCAAUGGGUUAUUUUGCUUUGGAGCCACUCUUUGGGGCCCCUUGUCAUGGAUUCCCCAUCAGCCCCUGUUUCUUAUAAGACCCUUCUCCCCAGAUUCUAGAGCCUUAGCCCCCGCCAGAUGUCUUCAUCAAACUCUCCUAUUGUCCCCCACCCUAAAUGCCACCCCAGUCCUUGGGGAGGGCAAUUUUGUAAAAUAGGAGAAUCCCUUCUAAAAUGCUGUCUGGACCUCUCCAGUCAUCUCACUCCUCAUGCUUCUCUGCCAUCCUUCCCCAGGUGAGCCCGUUCUCACAGAGGACCCCCUCCCCUG